AUGACUGCUCUCCCUGAUACCUACGAUGGCCCUGUGCCGAUUGCUGUCAUUGGCGGCACUGGUCUUCGCGAGCUGCCCGGCUUCACCCAAGUGGCCUCGCUGAACGUCUCGACGCCAUGGGGCGCUCCUUCCUCCCCCAUCACUAUCCUCCACCACCAAUGCCGACACAAUCACAAGACCGUUGCCGUGGCUUUCCUCAGCCGGCACGGUCUGCACCACCAGAUCGCACCGCAUGAGGUUCCCGCUCGUGCCAACAUUGCUGCCCUCCGCUCAAUCGGCGUGCGCAGCAUCAUUGCCUUCUCCGCCGUCGGCAGUCUCCAGGAGGAGAUCAAGCCGCGCGACUUUGUCAUCCCGGACCAGGUGAUUGAUCGCACCAAGGGUGUGCGGCCAUGGACCUACUUCGAGGGUGGUGUGGUUGCCCACGUCCCUUUCGGCGACCCGUUCGAUGAGGGUAUUGCCAAGGUCGUGCGCGAAUGCGGACACAGUCUGGAGGGUGAUGGUGUGGUUCUGCACGACCGCGGCACCCUGGUCUGCAUGGAGGGACCUCAGUUCUCCACCCGCGCCGAGAGCAACAUGUACCGCUCCUUCGGCGGCAGCGUGAUCAACAUGUCCGCCCUCCCCGAGGGCAAGCUGGCCCGCGAGGCCGAGAUCGCCUACCAGAUGAUCUGCAUGUCCACGGACUAUGACUGCUGGCAUGCGACCACCGCCGACGUCACGGUGGAGAUGGUUAUGGGCAACAUGAAGGCCAACGCCGACAAUGCGCGUCGCUUCGUGACGGCCGUUCUCGAUGCCCUUGCCGAGGAUGUGAACGCCGAUCUUGUCCAGGCCAAGCACCUUGCUGGGUCGAUUAAGUUUGGUGUCAGCACGCCUCUGGAGCAAUGGAGCUCGGAGGCCCGGAAGAAGAUCGAUUGGUUGUUCCCGGGCUACUUUUGA